AUGGCUUCACUGAGAAGAGUCAAAGUGCUGUUGGUGUUGAACUUGAUUGCGGUGGCCGGCUUCGUGCUCUUCCUGGCCAAGUGCCGGCCCAUCUCGGUGCGCAGCGGAGAUGCCUUCCACGAGAUUCGGCCGCGCGCCGAGGCGGCCAACCUCAGCGCGCACAGCGCCAGCCCCAUACAGGAUGCGGUCCUGAAGCGCCUCUCUCUGCUCGAGGACAUUGUCUACCGGCAACUGAAUGGUUUAUCGAAAUCCCUUGGGCUCAUUGAAGGUUAUGGUGGGCGGGGCAAAGGGGGCCUUCCUGCUACCCUUUCCCCGGCUGAAGAAGAGAAAGCCAAGGGACCCCAUGAGAAGUAUGGCUACAAUUCCUACCUCAGUGAAAAAAUUUCACUGGAUCGUUCCAUUCCGGAUUAUCGUCCCACCAAGUGUAAGGAGCUGAAGUACUCCAAGGAGCUGCCCCAGAUAUCCAUCAUAUUUAUCUUCGUGAACGAGGCCCUGUCGGUGAUCCUGCGGUCAGUUCACAGCGCGGUCAAUCACACACCGACCCACCUGCUGAAGGAAAUCAUCCUGGUGGAUGACAAUAGUGAUGAAGAGGAGCUGAAGGCCCCUUUGGAGGAUUAUGUCCACAAACGCUACCCUGGGCUGGUGAAGGUGGUGAGAAAUCGAAAAAGAGAGGGCCUGAUCCGAGCUCGCAUCGAGGGUUGGAAGGUGGCCACCGGCCAGGUCACCGGCUUCUUUGAUGCCCACGUGGAGUUCACCGCUGGCUGGGCCGAGCCGGUUCUCUCGCGGAUACAGGAGAACCGGAAGCGGGUGAUCCUCCCCUCCAUCGACAACAUCAAACAGGACACCUUCGAGGUGCAGCGAUAUGAGAACUCGGCCCACGGGUACAGCUGGGAGCUGUGGUGCAUGUACAUCAGCCCCCCGAAAGACUGGUGGGACGCCGGAGACCCUUCCCUUCCCAUCAGAACACCAGCCAUGAUUGGCUGCUCGUUUGUGGUCAACAGGAAGUUCUUUGGUGAAAUUGGUCUUCUGGACCCUGGGAUGGACGUGUACGGAGGAGAAAAUAUCGAACUUGGAAUCAAGGUGUGGCUGUGCGGGGGCAGCAUGGAGGUCCUGCCUUGCUCACGGGUGGCCCACAUCGAGCGGAAGAAGAAGCCAUACAACAGCAACAUCGGCUUCUACACCAAGAGGAAUGCUCUCCGGGUUGCCGAGGUCUGGAUGGACGAUUACAAGUCUCACGUGUACAUAGCGUGGAAUCUGCCACUGGAGAAUCCAGGAAUUGACAUAGGCGAUGUCUCAGAAAGAAAAGCCUUGAGGAAGAGUUUAAAGUGUAAGAAUUUCCAGUGGUACCUGGACCACGUCUACCCAGAAAUGAGAAGAUACAAUAACACCAUUGCCUACGGGGAGCUUCGCAACAGCAAGGCAAAAGACGUCUGCUUGGACCAGGGGCCGCUGGAGAACCACACAGCAAUACUGUACCCGUGCCAUGGCUGGGGACCCCAGCUGGCCCGCUACACCAAGGAGGGCUUCCUGCACCUGGGAGCCCUGGGGACCACCACGCUCCUCCCUGACACCCGCUGCCUGGUGGACAACUCCAGGAGUCGUCUGCCCCAGCUCCUGGACUGCGACAAGGUCAAGGGCAGCCUGUACAAGCGCUGGAACUUCAUCCAGAAUGGCGCUGUCAUGAACAAGGGCACGGGGCGCUGCCUGGAGGUGGAGAGCCGAGGCCUGGCUGGCAUCGACCUCAUCCUCCGCAGCUGCACGGGGCAGAGGUGGACGAUUAAGAACUUCAUCAAGUAGUGGGAGGAGCUGGGGCCCUCGGAGCCUGGCCCCCGGGGCAGGGUCUGCGUCCUCUGGACCAGCCACGCUGGGAGAGAAACAGCAAGCAGUCGGCAGGUGCUCAGUGGGCCUCCCGGGGCUUCCCCAGGGCAGCCUGGGGCCCAGAUGGAGACACUGCCUCUCCAUCAGGCAUCCAGCUGCCUGAGGCUCAUGCCCCCUGGCAGAGCUCCCUGACCCUUCUCUGGGAGCACGGGAGCCGUGUAUCCUGCAGCCUGGAUGUGGACCUGGUACCGAGGAGUGACACGUCACAUCUCCUGCUCGUCUUCCCAUCCACUUGCAGGACUGGGGCUGGCGGGGGCCCCUCCUUUUUCCCAUCUCUCGUAGCAGCAGCAGCAGCUUCUGAAUUCCACCCGAGCCCUCAACAGCGUGGAGGGGGGUGGUGCUGGGCCACAGUCUAGCUCCCCCUCCUCUGCGGAGGCAGCGAGGCCCUGAGACUCCGUGUCCCCCGGGUUGCUUCUGCCCAGAUGCCUGUUCACAGCCCAAGAUCGCCACCCCCCAAACCUUUCCAGCGGGUGGCCUUGGACUCUUCUGGACCCCACCCCCGAGAUGACCUGGAAGGAGCUGACGCUUCCACGGUCACCUGGGCACCAGGAUCCUAUGUGCCUGGACCAGCUCUUCCACCUGUGUCGUCAACAGGGAGCCAGAGAGCACGUGGGGUGGUCUCAGCUGUGAGGGCCCCCCAAGGCUGCAGCCGGGCCCAUUCUGCUCUGCCUGCCCAGGGGCCGGGGAACCCGGCCUCACAGUGGCUACCGCAGCAAGCAGCCCCCAUCUGGAGCUUAAGGACUGACGUCAGCACAGCACAGGGGGCCGGGACCCUGGAGGACGCUCUCGUGUCUCCCUGUGCUCUGCCAGCUGGCAGGGAAGAAGGCAGUCGAGUCCCCUCUGAAGAGUAAUAACUUUUUGCUGAUUGCCCUCUGGUUAGGGUGCACUUAUAGAUCAGAGUUAAUAUAUGGACGAGUGUGCAUGCGUAUGAGGGUGUGUGCCUGGGGGGGCGAGUGCGUGGCGCGUGUGUCUGGGCGUGUGCGUCUGAGUGCACGGUAGAGCAGACGUAGAGGUGUGGCCUUGGACUUGUCGCAUUACUGCCAGCCCAGACCAGGUCAAGGAUGCUGAGAAGCUUGCGGGGGGCAGGCUGGCCAGGAGGACAUGGCUGGGCUGGCGCCCCAGAUGGAAGGCCGCCCUCCUGCCAGUUCCCGUCUGUCUCCCUCAUGCUGUCCGGCCAAGCCCUGCCCAGAACCAAAGCCCGUACCUGCCCAGUGUGGGGUUCACAGUGUCUCAUUUGGUGACAUCUUACUGGUGAUCAUCUCCCCCUUUGUGAAAUAAAUACAUA